AUGGCCCCCGCUGUCGACGUUAUGGAGGUUAACCAGCACACCGCCGGCCAGGUCAAGUCGGAAAACAAGCAGUCCGUCAAGGUCUUGGAGGAGCUCCUGAAGAAGUUGACCAUUUCGAAGGCGCAGGACGAAAUCAACGCUGCAUCUCUAGCUCUCGCCACCUUCAUCAACGGCGAUAUCGAGGAGGCGGACGCACCAACAAAGGCUGUCGACCUUCUCAAGAAGCAACUCGGCAACAAGAAGGAUGCGCUCGCCCGUGAGCGUGCUUGCGAUGCCAUCCGCGCUAUCGCUCAGCAUGCCACCGUCUCACCGGCGGUCGAGCCGUACCUCAUCACCCUCCUACCGGCCACACUCGCCGCUGUCGGCGACAAGAUGUCCGCGGUGAAGACCGCUGCUCAGACCGCCUCCCUAGCCAUCGUCGAGGCUUCCAACGCCAACGCCGUGAAGGCUGUCAUUCCCCACCUCGUCCACUCCCUUCGCAACGCCCAGAAGUGGCCCGAGAAGAUGACCGAUCUCCAGUGCAUCGAGGCUCUCGCUGCCAGCGCACCUGCUCAGAUGGCUUUCCGCGUCCCCGAUCUCAUCCCCGUCAUCUCCGAGGCGAUGUGGGACACCAAGCCCGAAGUCAAGAAGGCCGCCUACGGCACCAUGGAGAAGCUCUGCGCCCUUAUCUCCAACAAGGAUAUCGAACGCUUCAUUCCAGAGCUGAUCAAGUGUAUCGCCAAGCCUGAGAACGUUCCCGAGACCGUUCACCUGCUCGGUGCCACCACCUUCGUCACCGAUGUCCACGAGCCGACCCUCGCCAUCAUGGUUCCCCUUCUUGAGCGUGGUCUUGUCGAGCGCGAGACUGCCAUCAAGCGGAAGUCUGCCGUCAUCGUCGACAACAUGUGCAAGCUUGUCGAGGAUCCCCAGAUCGUCGCCUCUUUCUUGCCGAAGCUCAUGCCCGCUUUGAACAAGAACUACGAGACUCUCGCUGACCCGGAGGCUCGUGAGAAGACCAAGCAGGCUCUUGAUACCCUUGUGCGCGUUGGCGAUGUCAAGGACGGCAAGAUUCCUGAAGUCUCCAAGGCUGGUGACAUCUCCACUGUGCUCGCCAUCCUUAAGCAGUGCUUCUCGCCCAAGCACAAGGACGCCGCGAGCGGCAAGUUCGAGCCGGUUCUCGAAUACAUCUCCGCCAUCGCUGGUCAGCUUAUCGACGAGAAGGACACCGAGUCCAUCAGCUGGACGACCAACACCCUUCCUUACAUCACCGCCAUCGUUGGUGAUGCCGACGCCAAGAGCAUCGCUGACGCUCUCCGGAAGCGCGCCUCUCCUGGCGUUGCUGACGAGGACGAGGUCGAGCCCGACGAGGAAGAGGGCGAGGAUCUCUGCAACUGCACAUUCAACUUGGCUUACGGUGCCAAGAUCCUUCUCAACCAGACUCACCUCCGCCUGAAGCGCGGUCAGCGCUAUGGUCUGCUUGGACCCAACGGUUCCGGUAAGACCACGCUCAUGCGCGCCAUCAACAACGAGCAGGUUGAGGGUUUCCCCAAGCAGAAUGAGGUCAAGACCGUCUACGUGGAGCACGACCUCGACUCCGCCGACACUGAGCAGACCGUCAUCGGCUGGACCAUGAAGAAGCUCGCCGACGUUGGCAUCAGCAAGGCCCAGGAUGAGGUCGAGGCCAAGCUUAUCGAGUUCGGCUUUGUCAAGGAGCAGCUCGAGGCUCCUAUCACCUCGCUAUCCGGUGGCUGGAAGAUGAAACUUGCUCUCGCUCGCGCUGUGUUCGAAGAGCCCGACAUUCUCCUCUUGGACGAGCCGACCAACCACAUGGACGUGAAGAACGUUGCCUGGCUGGAGCAGUAUCUCGUCAACUCUCCCUGCACUUCCAUCAUCAUCUCCCACGACAGCAGAUUCUUGGACCAUGUCAUUCAGCACGUCAUCCACUACGAGCGCUUCAAGCUGAAGCGUUACCGUGGCUCUCUCAGCGAGUUCGUCAAGCGCGUGCCGUCCGCCAGGUCUUACUAUGAGCUUGGUGCCUCCGACAUGGAGUUUAAGUUCCCGGAACCCGGUUUCCUCGAGGGUGUCAAGACCAAGGCCAAGGCCAUCGUCCGUGUCAACAACAUGACCUUCCAGUACCCCGGUACCUCGAAGCCUCAGAUCUCCGAAAUCACCUUCCAGUGCUCGCUUGGCUCCCGUAUUGCCGUCAUCGGUCCCAACGGUGCCGGCAAGUCGACUCUCGUCAAUGUACUCACUGGUGAACUCAUCCCGACAUCUGGUGAUGUCUACCAGCACGAGAACAUCCGUAUCGCCUACAUCAAGCAGCACGCCUUCGCUCACAUUGACCACCAUCUCGAGAAGACUCCAUCUGAGUACAUUCAGUGGCGUUUCCAGACCGGUGAGGACCGUGAGACGAUGGAUCGUGCCAACAAGAUCAUCACCGACGAGGAUGAGAAGGCCAUGGACAAGAUCUACAAGAUUCAGGACACGCAACGACGAGUCAUCGGCAUCCACUCGCGUAGAAAGUUCAAGAACUCCUACGAGUACGAGUGCUCGUUCGCUCUGGGCGAGAACGUCGGCCAGAAGAACGAGAGAUGGACGCCCAUGAUGACUGCCGACAACGCCUGGAUCCCGCGUACCGAGAUCCUUGCCUCGCACGGCAAGAUGGUUGCCGAGGUCGAUCAGAAGGAGGCCCUCGCCAGUGGCCAGUUCCGUCCUCUGGUCCGCAAGGAGAUUGAGGCCCACUGCGCCAACUUUGGUCUGGACGCCGAGCUCGUCUCCCACUCCCGCAUGCUUGGUCUCUCCGGUGGCCAGCGUGUCAAGGUCGUCCUCGCCGCCUGCUCGUGGCAGCGACCGCAUUUGAUCGUCCUCGACGAACCGACCAAUUACCUCGACCGUGACUCCCUGGGUGCGCUGUCCAAGGCCAUCAAGGCUUUCGAGGGUGGUGUCAUCAUCAUCACUCACUCUGCUGAGUUCACCAAGGAUCUCACCGAGGAAGUCUGGGCUGUCAUGGACGGCAAGAUGACGCCUUCCGGCCACAACUGGGUGCAAGGCCAGGGCGCCGGUCCCCGCCUGACCGAGAAGGACGAUGAGGAAGAGAAGUUUGAUGCUAUGGGCAACAAGAUCGAGAGUGGCAAGAAGAAGGCCAAGCUGAGCAGCGCAGAGCUCAGAAAGAAAAAGAAAGGUGAAGAAGUUUUCUCCGACGAAGAGUAA